AUGAUUUUCAUUCAGCGACAGCAUGCACCGACUCACCGUACUAACUCCCCCUCCCUCUCCCCCCGCCCACCAGACUCGUCCGCCCCCGGAGCCGGCAGCGCCCCUGGGGAAGCUCCGGGGCCCUCCCAGAACCCCGCCUCCGCCCGCUCCUUCGCCGUGUCCAUCAGCGACCUCCUCAGCAACAGUGACGUCAUCAGCACCGCCAGCCAGUCCCGCCCUUCGAGCUUCAAGCCAGAGGCGCUCGGCGGGGGUCCUGCGGAAGGUGUGGGCGCUCCGGGAGAGGAUGGCCAGAGCGUGAAGGACGCUGCUAGCAUCAGGGAGGCAGAUGCUAUUAGCACAAAGCUUGCAGAUACUACUAGCAUUAAGGGAACAGAUAUUACUAGCAUUGCGGACGCUGCUGGCGUCGUGGAAACAAGUGGUGUCGACCCGCGUGAAGCAGAGGCCGUUGAUGCGGCAACCACUUUGGCCGCAGAUGCUGCAAGCAUGAAGGGAGAAAUUGUAAGCAUUAAAGCUGCAGAUGCUGUCAGCAUGAGGGGCGACGUUGCUAUUAAUCAAGCUGCAGAUGCUGCCAGCAUGAAGGGAGAUGUUGCAAGCAUUAAAGCUGAAGAUGCAGCAAGCAUUAAAGCUGCAGAUGCUGCAAGCAUUAAAGCUGAGGAUGCUGCAAGCAUGAAGGGAGAUGCUGCUAUCAGUCAAGCUGCAGAAAUUGUAAGCAUUAAAGCUGCAGAUGCUGUCAGCAUGAGGGGCGACGUUGCUAUUAAUCAAGCUGCAGAUGCUGCCAGCAUGAAGGAAGAUGUUGCAAGCAUUAAAGCUGAAGAUGCAGCAAGCAUUAAAGCUGCAGAUGCUGCAAGCAUUAAAGCUGAGGAUGCUGCAAGCAUGAAGGGAGAUGCUGCUAUCAGUCAAGCUGCAGAAAUUGUAAGCAUUAAAGCUGUAGAUGCUGUCAGCAUGAGGGGAGACGUUGCUAUUAAUCAAGCUGCAGAUGCUGCCAGCAUGAAGGGAGAUGUUGCAAGCAUUAAAGCUGAAGAUGCAGCAAGCAUUAAAGCUGCAGAUGCUGCAAGCAUUAAAGCUGAGGAUGCUGCAAGCAUGAAGGGAGAUGCUGCUAUCAGUCAAGCUGCAGAAAUUGUAAGCAUUAAAGCUGCAGAUGCUGUCAGCAUGAGGGGCGACGUUGCUAUUAAUCAAGCUGCAGAUGCUGCCAGCAUGAAGGGAGAUGUUGCAAGCAUUAAAGCUGAAGAUGCAGCAAGCAUUAAAGCUGAAGAUGUUACUAGCAUGAAAGAAGAUGCUGCAAGCAUUAAAGCUGAAGAUGUUGCUAGCAUGAAAGCUGAAGAUGCUGCAAGCAUGAAAGGAGAUGCUGUUAGUGUUGGAGAUACAGAUGCUGUCAGCCUGAAAAGUGAGGUAGCUGCCGCUGUGCAGGAAGCAGGUGCUUCUGGCGAGGCUGGAACAGACAUUGCUAGCAAGGAAGAGGCAGAUGCUGCUAGCUUGAAUAAUGUUGCUAAUUCUGAGGGACUAGAUGUUGCUAGUACUAAGAGUGCAGAUGUUGCUAGCCUAAACGCUGACGAAACUGCUAGUGCCAAGAUUUACGGCGAUAGUGUCAGUGUUAAGGAGGUAGAUAGUGUCAGUGUUAAGGGAGAUAGUGUCAGUGUAAAAGAGGGAGACAGUGUCAGUGUAAAUGGAGAUAGUGUCAGUGUAAAAGAGGGAGAUAGUGUCAGUCUUAAAGAGGGAGACAGUGUCAGUGUAAAAGAGGGAGACAGUGUCAGUGUAAAAGGAGCAGACAGUAUUAGUAUCAAAGGAGACAGUGUCAGUGUUAAAGGGGUAGAUGGCGUUAGUGUCAAAGGAGUAGAUAUUAUCAGUGUCACCGCUGACAGCAUCAGUUUUAAAGGAGAUAGUGUCAGCAUCAAAGGCGCAGAUGGCGUCAGUGUUAAACUAGGAGACAGUGUCAGUAUCAAAGGUUUGGAAAGAUUCAGUGUAAAGGAAGUUGAUAUUUCGAGUAUCAAAGAAAACGGAGAGACGGAGGAAGACUGGCAUAACUUCAGCUCCACCAUGGCAGCGCACACUAUACUCACGUAG